AUGGACAGCAACUCAAACGUGGACGAUGUAUUCGCAGCCCUAGAGAAAGCCUUCUCUGAGGCCGUGAGGGACGGUGUGCUACCUGGCGCGAACAACGGAUUCACCGGAGAUCCGCUCACGACGAAGUCCAUUAUGGCAAUUGCAUCUAUGACAAAGCUUUUGACGUCCAUCGCCGCCCUUCAAUUGGUCGAGCGUCAACUUGUCCAUCUUGACCAGGACAUCUCACCUCUGAUUCCUACUUUGGCUGCCCAAGAGGUUUUGACUGGUUGGGAUACAACAGGGCGAUGUCUUACACAGAAAAGGAAAAAUGUCAUCACUCUUCGUUAUCUCCUUACCCACAGCAGUGGCGCUGGUUAUGACAUGAGUAAUCCAGCCCUGGCAAGGGUAACAAUGUCUCGUGGUCGAGAGAUAAAUGUUGGCGCUACAGUCAACGAGAGAUUUGGCUACCCUCUGUUAUUCGAACCGGGUACCAGCUGGGAGUACGGGACGGGUAUCGAUUGGGUGGGUCAAUUGGUGGAACAUCUCACCGGACAAGAAUUGGAGAGCUAUAUGCAGGAGCAUAUCUGGAACCCUCUGGCGAUCCAGAGAAUCACUUUCUGGCCAUCUCGACGUAUCGAUAUGGACGCCGAACGUAUGCGAAUGACAGUACGGGACGAAAAUUCGGGACGUGUUGUUCCUCUGCAGAGGCCGUUCUUAACCGAAGGGGUUAGCGAGUGCUUUGGUGGCCAGGGGGCAUAUGCUGCAAUGGAGGAUUUCAUGAAGGUGCUCCGUUCAAUCCUGGCGGAUGAUGGGAAGCUCCUGACUAAGGAUACAACAGCCACAAUGUUCCAGUCUCAGCUCGGCGAUGCCAGUAGGGAGUCACUUCGCAAACAUAUCAAGUCUUGUGGUCUCAAUGCGGCUUUCAUUGGCAUAUCAGAUAACAGUCAUGCAUAUGACUGGGGAUUUGGUGGAAUGCUGGCCAUGGAUGAUGUGUCAUCUGGCCGGAAGAAAGGUACAUUGUUCUGGAGCGGAAAGCCGAAUUUGUUCUGGUUCAUUGACCGAGACUCCGAUCUUUGUGGCGUUUUUGGAGACUUCGGCAGUGAGCCAAGCGUUAGUAACCUGCAAAUGUCUUGCGCUAGCUGUGAAGCAGAACUGGGAGCGGAGCUUGCAACCAGGCGAAUGUCGACGGGAUUGUCUCGAAUCAUUGCGACGGACAAUGGGCCAGCCCAAGGCUGCCCAGGCUCAAAACGGGAUGAGGCGGGCGAGGAGGUUACGAAUAUGAUUGAGCUGCGUGAAGGGGAUUUGUGA